AUGGCUGACGACUCAAGCCCAAGCACUGGUGCCGCGAACUCGGCUCCACCUGAUGCAGCCGCCGGUAGGAGGAGAUCAACCCGCCUUUCCAUGGGUGCCCUCUCACUCUCUGCCACAACUAGCAACACCUCAGCCCCCUCGUCAAUUAUCGGCGACGAUGCUCCUCCCCCUAUCUCCACCUCCCACUUUCUAACCCCUUCGCUGGUCGCCGAAUAUCCCAGCACAAUGGCGGCACAAAUUGCGAUGAGUCGCGCCUCAUUGUCGUCUGCAUCAACCUCCGUUGACUACAAUGAGAGCAGUGACCAUUCAACCCCAGCAACGAGCAACUCUGCAACUCCAGGGGCUCUGUCAUUGUCAGCUAGCUCAGCCCCUCGCCGAGGACGCUCUAGAGUCAUGGCCACGACCGGCUCCGAGGUCAACCUCGUGGCUAGGGCAGCAGCUCUCCGUAACAGCAAAUACUCGUUGAAAAGCAAACGAAAACGAGUCCCUGAUUCGGAUGAUGAGGAUGCUGACGAAGACAACACUCCCGACGCUCAGCUUGCUCGUGCACUUCAACAACAAGAAGAUGCGGCAGAUACCAGCAUGACUGGUAUGACCGGUAUGGAUAGCGAGUCCCCCUCUUCCAGUUCUAGAGCUACACGCCCACGAAUUUCACUCAGGGUUGCCCCACGCAAGCCCCUCCCACGCAAAAUCCUUCUGAGAGCCAAACUACCAAACAACGUUCCCUCGGCCGGUUUGAGUGUUGAUGAUGGCGAAAUUGACGACGACGACGAUGUCGACAUGGUAACUGUCCCACGUCGCAAGAGACCCAACGUUGAACUUUCCUCGAACGGCUCGAAUGCUGUUAAAUUUUCCCCAGCGCCGGAGUCCGAUAUCGUUAUGGAGACCGACGAUUCUGAUAUCCUUACUGAGCCACCCGACUCGGAAGAUUUAGGUUUUGGAGGCUCCGACAGUUCACGAUCCCGCAAGAUUGUGCCUAAAGCCACCACCGAUAGCGAAUUUGAUGAUUCUGAUACCGACUCUGAUGUCGGUUCUGCUGCCGGUUCUGAUGCUGACUCUGAUGCCUCUGCAGCCCCUGUUGGUUCUGUAGGUGCUUCACGCGCUUCACGUGCUUCCGUACGUCGUGCUGGUGGCCACAUAGCGAACGACCGGGAGACAGCGCGCUAUACCAAAGUACGUACAACGAACCAUAAUCGUCUUCUAGAUAAUCACGCCAGCAUCGAUACGAUGUGGGAUACGCUUGAGAACCUGCCAGAGAUAGGCUCCUUGAAAAUAAAGCAGCCGACGAAUAUCACUCGUGAACUCAAGCCGUUCCAGCUUGAAGGCGUAGCGUGGAUGAUGGAAAUGGAACAAACUAAAUUUCGUGGAGGCUUACUGGGUGAUGAGAUGGGUAUGGGUAAAACCAUUCAAGCUGUGGCCCUCAUCAUGUCUGAUUUCCCAGCCGCUGAACCAUCACUCGUCUUGGUUCCUCCUGUGGCUCUAAUGCAAUGGCAACAAGAAAUCGCCGCUUAUACUGAUGGGACUUUGAAGACAUUUGUCUACCACGGUACCAAUGCGAAAACCAAAGGCGUCACCGCGAAAGACCUCCAAAAAUACAAUGUGAUCCUCAUGUCCUACAACAGCCUCGAAUCUAUGUAUCGCAAACAGGAAAAGGGAUUCAAACGCAAGAAUGGUACUCACAAGGAGGCGAGUAUUAUGCAUCAGACAACAUUCCAUCGUGUCAUCCUUGAUGAAGCACACUGUAUCAAGCAACGUUCCAGCGGGUCUGCGAAAGCUUGCUUUGCACUCAAUGCAAAAUAUAGGUGGUGUUUGUCUGGUACGCCCCUUCAGAACCGUAUAGGUGAAUUCUUCUCGUUGAUUCGCUUUCUCGAUAUCCGUCCUUUUGCCUACUACCUCUGCAAGAUGUGCUCCUGCUCCUGUCUCAACUGGGACAUGGACGCAGAUAACCGCUGCAGAGGUUGCAAACACAAUGGCAUGCAGCAUAUCUCGCUGUUUAACCACGAGCUACUGAAUCCUAUUCAGAAGUUCGGCAAUGCGGGCCCGGGAGUAGAAGCAUUCCGGAAACUCCGGCUUUUAACAAAUCGUGUUAUGCUUCGCCGAGUGAAAGUCGACCACUCCGGCGCCAUGGAACUCCCGUCAAAGGAGAUAAUGGUGGACCGUGAAUACUUCGGUGAAGUAGAAAACGAUUUUGCUUCGAGCGUCAUGAAUAGCUCCACUCGGAGGUUCGAGACGUAUGUUGCCCAAGGCGUGCUUCUUAACAAUUACGCAAACAUAUUCGGCCUUAUUAUGCAGAUGCGCCAGGCCGCCGACCAUCCAGACCUAAUUCUAAAGAAGAACAGUGAGGGCGGCCAGAACGUACUAAUCUGUUGCAUUUGCGAUGACACCGCAGAAGAGGGUAUUAAGUCUUCCUGUCACCACGACUUUUGCCGUGAUUGUGCGAAGAACUAUCUCCGAGCCUCGGAGACCCCCGAUUGCCCACGCUGCCAUAUUCCGCUCUCCAUCGACCUCGAGCAGCCAGAGAUUGACCAAGACGAACAACAAGUCAAGAAAUCUUCCAUCAUCAACAGGAUUAAAAUGGAAAAAUGGACGAGUAGUUCGAAAAUCGAAGCGCUCGUGCAGGAUAUCUGGCAACUCAGAUCAAUGAACAGCUCUCAUAAAUGCAUCAUUUUCAGCCAAUUCACUACAAUGUUGCAAUUAGUCGAGUGGCGACUCCGCCGCGUUGGAAUCACAACCGUCAUGCUCGAUGGAUCUAUGACUCCCGCUCAGCGCCAAGCAUCUGUUAAUCACUUCAUGACCGACAUAAACGUCGAAUGUUUUCUGGUUUCCCUGAAGGCCGGUGGAGUGGCUCUUAAUCUUACAGAAGCCUCCCGUGUGUUUAUCGUCGACCCCUGGUGGAAUCCCGCAGCUGAAUGGCAAAGUGCUGAUCGCUGUCACCGAAUUGGGCAAUCGCGGCCUUGUUCCAUCACACGGCUGUGUAUUGAAGACUCUAUUGAGAGCAGGAUGGUGUUGUUGCAGGAAAAAAAGGCCAAUAUGAUCAAUUCCACGAUCAAUGGUGAUGAGUCUGCAAUGGAAAGUUUAACAGUCGAGGAUAUGCAGUUUUUGUUCCGCGGAACAUAG